CGUAUACAUAAACAGGAAUUGUAGAUUUACAUUGAAACAAUGUAAAUGCCGUCGAUUUAAUCGAGUGAUCCAAUUACAGUGCAUAGUUUUUGGUGUCAUUGUUGCAAUUGUGCUUAUUCGUAUUUCUCUAGUGCACAUUGUGCCGCAUCAUCUACAUUGUUGUGCUACAAUUCAAGCAAAUAUAUAAAACAAACGUGUCAAUAACUACAUUUGAUCAUUUUGUAUGAUACUGUGAUGUGCACAAAACCUUGCUUAGCACGGAAGAAAAUAAAUUGUUCUCAAAGAAAUCACGUUUUGAUUGAAAAAAAAAACGAAUUAAUAAGUGCUUUAUUGGAAAAAUUUUUAAAUGUGUUGUGGAUUUGUUUGAAAAAUUAUUCAAAUGGAAGAUAAUGCGAAAACGGUGCAUGCAAAUUUGAUGGUGAUUUAGAAAAAAUAGACACAAAAUCAUAAGGAAAUUGAGAAGAAGUACAAUUUAAACAAAAAACAAUGACGUCCGAUUGGAGACCCGUGCUUAAUAACUACCUUUCAGAUUUUGAAAGCCAAACGACGGUUAUUUUGGAUAAAAUUGUUAAAUUACUCUCACGAUCUGGACAAAGAUUCGACACACGCAUUAAAGAACACUUCAAGAAAAGCGUACUAAAUCGUUUGGAGCAAUCAUUGGAAUUUAUCGAGAUUCAGAAUGAAUCACAUCCGCACCAAAAUGAAAUCGACCGAUGCCAAAUGACCGACGCGACAAAUGAACAAAUGUCAUCGGACGACACUAUUGAAUUCGUUGAGAGUGUCAUAAAGGUUGAGACAAUUUCAAGUGAAGACGACGAAAAUGCGAUCGGAACAACGGAAGGUAUUUCAACAACAAGCGAAGCGGAGCCAGCCAUGCAUGAGCGAAUGAACUAUCGGCCGUCGUUAGAUUCGUGUUUUUCAAUGGAUCGACAUUCAACAUGUUCGCCAAGCACCUCAAAUCAACCGAUGGUAUCGCCAAAUGUUUCACCAAAUAUUUCACCAUUUUUAUCGUCGACCGAACUAAAUAUGAUAAUCAAACGGGAAAUAGAUCACACGCGAUUCGAUGAAUGCGUUGUUAAAAUGGAAGAUGUUCCAACGACAUCAGCAAGCAUCGAAAAUGAAAUACCACCAUCACCAAGUCAUCGACAGUUUCAACGAUCCGUAUCCAUACUAUCAGUUGAGCAGCAAGAAAUCAAACGAAAAACUGUGGCUGCAUACCAUGAACCAUGUAAAAAGCAAAAAAUAACUGACGUCGUACAAAUGAAUGAGUCAAUCCCGACACCAAACAAUAUGCCUGCGACAAAGGACUUCGUGUUCGCCUGUUUCUACAGUAAAUGUCAAAUAAAUUUAUUCAUAACAACGCUUCAAGAGGUCUAUGGCCAUUGGAAGGAUGCCCAUGAAAUGUCGAUGAAACCAUUUCGAUUUGUGGCCAUUGGCAAAGCGGCAUGUUUCUAUUGUAAUAAAGUCGAUGUAUUUCCCCAGCUUGUUCCACACCAUAAGCACCGUCACCAUUCCGAAAUCAUGGUCAUUGUGGACAAAGAGAAUAAAUCAAAAUGUGGUUUAUGCCAUCGUAUUUUUUCCUCCUCUGAAAUGGUGGUGCAUUUUAAGCAACAACAUGACCCAUCUCUGCUUGGCGGCAUCAAUAGUCCGGUGUGUUUCAGUGAAGCCGAAGUAACCGAUCUAUUGAAAAUUAACUCAACACCAAACGGUUUGUGUGAAUUUAAUUCCGCGGUGAAUGGGCCGAACGAAAUAAAAGCAUUUGUGUGUGGCUUUUGUGGAGCUGCAAAAAGUUUAAGCGAAACAUCGUUCAUUGAUCACAUUGAAAACGAUAUAUUCAAAUAUAGUUGUUCGGCAUGUUCAUUCCUUUCUGACAGCAUCCACGAAAUUACGCAACACGAAGAGACCGUUCAUCACAUGACCAACGUUCACAUCAAACACAAGACUACACUCGAUAGCCGAUUGGAACGUUACUAUAUGAGAACGCGUGUUAUUUUCAGCAAUGGAUUGGCAUUAUUCAAACACAACUUGCUUAACACAAAAUUCGAUGAUCGAUCGGAGUUUUGGUCGUUCAAAGAACGUUUUGUUAAACAAAAAUCCAACGAAGGUAUACUGCCUAAAAUGAAAGAUGAUGACAAGCUGAGUGAUUUUCACCGAAAAGAAUUGAAACGACAACGGGCUUAUCACAAUAAUUUAUGUAUUCGCGGCAUUAUGACGGUGGUUGGUCAGGAUGAACUGCACCAAAUACUUGCAUUUAUUUGCAAGGUGCUCCAUGUGGAGAUUACAAAAAAUGAUUUUGAUACCCUUUUUCAACGAAGCGGCUUUGAUGUUAUCGUUAAAAUGAGAACAUUUGAUCUUAAGAAACAGAUAUUGAAACAUUUUGAUUCUAUUGAGAAAACGAAAAUUCCGGAAAAAUUCAAGGGUAUUUUGAAUAUUUGUUCGUUAAUUGAUCUGAAAAUGUUUUCGGUGGAAAAUGAUUUGACGGGAUUUUUUAGGGAGCUUUAUGAAUAUGCACAAAUGAAAAAAGAUAAAAUGCACAUCCAUUCGGUUUGGAUAUCAGACCGUGGCAUCAGCGUUAAAGUGACGUUUAAAAGUCCCAUUGAAAUUAUUUGGACGAAAACUGAUUUGGAUAAGUGUAUUCAUCAAAAAUAUAAGGGAUUGGUAUGAAAAUCAAAAGCAAUUUAAGUUUUUUAUUUUAAGAUCGAAAGUAAUUGAAUCAAGGAGUUUCAGGUCACAAAGGGUAAAACAAAAUUUUAUUCAAUGAACACUGAAUUGAUAAGAAAAUGAGAAAAGAUGAUUAGACCUUGGUUUAAGUCAUUUGCACCGUAUUUUUUGCUUACUUUUUUAAAAAAAAUUACAGACAAUAUAUUAAACUACUGUUCAGUUGAGCUGGCACUACGUUAGCUAGCUAAAUGGGACAAAACAAUAGACGUUAUUAUUUUAAUGAUGAAUCACUUCUCUUGUUUUAAUAGAAGUGAUUGUUCAUUAUAACAAUUACUUCUAUUGUUUUAGUCCAAUACGUACUGUCAGCUAGCUCAACUGACCAGUUAGUUCAAUAUAUUGUCUGAAAAAUUAUCCAACCUCGAAGUUGAUUUUAAUCAUUACGAGUAUCCAUAAAUCCUCAGUCAACCCACAGUGCUAAUUACAAUUUUCAAUAAAAAAACUAUAACCACGGGACAUCCGAGAAUUUUCGUUAAGGAUGCCGAAUUUUGCUCAUAUUGAACUUAUGAAACCAAUUUUUUCUACUAGACUACCAAAAAAUGUUGAUACUAAUCAACUGUUGUAAUGAUGUGUUUAUUAUAGUACAGAGGCGAUCUGGUGUGCAGCGACUCGCAAUUUCGUCAACUAACCAGUAUAUGUUUGUGUGAUUCGAGUAUAUGUUUUUAAGACAUCAUGAGCAACAAAUAUCAAUAUGAGGAGUGUUUCUGGCUGCAUAAUCGCUCUGUUAAACAAUGAGCUAUAAAAUUUUCUUUAACAUUGAUAAGUUUUCUAACUCCAUAUUGGGCGAUAAAACCUUAUCUUGUCAUUUACUUAAGGAAGUCGUUAACUUAAAAAAAACACCAUUUAGGCGUAAGACAACAAAUAUCAUGAAUUUCAUUUCAUUUUCUUAGUAAAGAACAGUGGAGAGAGAAACAAAGAUAGAGUGAGAUAAGUAAAGAGAGAACAGGAGAGAAUGACGACGGCUAGAGAGAGAAGAGGAAAGAGAGGAGAAGAGAUAGAGGGAAUAGAUGGAAGUAUAAAGAAAGAAACAAAGAGGCAUAUUAGAUAAAGUACAUAAAAUGUAAUGAAAGAAGCUAGUAAAUAUUUUCUUUUAAAUGAAUAAAGAACAUGCUUUUUUUUCUAUGUAAAAGACUCUUUGAAAUUAAACAGAAUUUUGAAUAAAACAUAAUAAUAAAGA